AUGUUGGCAUUAUCCUCUUUGAGCGUCAGACGAUUGAUCACCGUUGGAGGCUCACAGUUUUCGGCCUUCCCACACGUGUUCAAGAAGCCAACAGUGCCCAAGACAGCUUUCAUCCAUCCUGCUGCAGUCGUUGAUGGCGAUGUUCGACUUGGAGAGGACGUAUCGAUAUGGCCUAUGGCAGUUGUGCGAGCUGAUGUUGAUACUAUUGUCAUUGGUGACCGCACCAACAUUCAGGACGGUUGUGUGUUGCACGUCCGUGGAGAGUUCUACGGCAAGCAAGAAGGUAUGCAGCUCGUCAUCGGGGAAGACGUCAGCAUUGGUCAUGCUGUAACUCUCCAUGCUUGCCGUAUUGAGCCACGCACUUUAAUAGGCAUUGGCUCGAUCAUCCUAGAUGGAGCUGUGGUGGAAGAGGGUACGAUCAUGGGAGCUGGCUCACUACUACCCCCUGGGAAGGUAGCUACUCCCGGACUGUGGAUAGGCAAUCCGGCUAGGAGGUUGAGGGACUUGAAGGACAAUGAGAAGGAGAUGGUCAAAUAUAAUGCUGCCAACUAUGUUAACCUCAAGAAUGCGUGGGUGGAGAAAAUGCGAUUAGAUACCGCUAACGCGUGA